AUGCCUUUACCUCGUUUAAAUUCUGAACAAAAAAAAUUUGAUCAAACAUUUCUUUCAUCAUUAAAUUUUGACGAAACAGGUUUUGAAAUAAAUCGUUUAACAUUAAUAUUUAAUAAAUUAUGUACUACUACUAAUAAUAAUAAUAAUCAAUUAACACGUGAAUAUUUUCGUGAUUUUCUUUCAACAUUAUUUGAUCUUAAUGAUGAAACAAUUAUUGAACGUUUAUUUAUAUUAAUUGGACAAGGUGAAAAAACUUUAUCAUUAAAACAAUUUUUAUAUUCAAUUAAUUUAUUAUUAUAUGCAACAUAUGAUGAACAAAUUAAAUUUAUUUUUCGUAUAUAUGAUGUUAGUGCCGAUGGAAAUUUACAACGUGAAGAAUUAUUUGCAUUUUUACGUAAAGAUUUACUUAUAAUUAAUGAAAAAGAAGAUGGUGAUAUGAUUUUACAUGAAUUUAUAACAUUAUUAUUUAAAAAAUUUGAUAAAGAUCAUGAUGGUGUUAUUAGUUUUGAUGAUUAUAAACGAACAUGUCAAGAAAAUCCAACAUUAAUACAAUGUUUUGGUCAAGUUUUACCACGUCUUUUUCGUAAACAUAUGGUUAAAUCAAUGCUUAAUGGAAAUAUAUCAAUUAUAUCGAAAAAAGAAAAAUAUUUAAUUGAAAAAUAA